UAUUUACCGACCCUGAAUUUUAUAUGCUGCCAAUAUAUAUAUAUAUGUAACAGGAAAUUUUUCAUAAGGUGAUUUGCAAGGGGGUUCUUAUGACUCUGGUAUAGAUAACUAUGCAAAUGAAAAGGGUUUUAAUGUACUUGAUGAAAUGUGAGGUUCCAACUGCAGAGGACAUAUUUGGGCCCUAUCCUUUCAGUGCUGACAUUGAACAAUACAAUCGUUAUGAUUUUGUGAAAGUUAAUAACGACGAAGAAAUAAUGAUUGAUUUAAUUCACCGAUCACGCACCAUAUACAAUGUAUUAUACCUAAUCAAAUUAAAUGAAAAAGACCAAUAUACUUAUAAACUAAAAGAUGAACCUUGGGAUAAAGACAACGGCGAUUUUUCUGCUAGUUUCAUACGAGAGUAUUUAGAAUACUACAAAGAAGAAGAGUCCAAUAAGGAGUUACUAGACAAUAUAAUUUCGUUCUACAUACCUAUAGAUUUGAACUUUCAAGUGCCUGAUUGGAUAGACCGAACUUGGUUCGAUAUAAUACCAAUAGAGAACGACAUCGAACUUAUGAAACAUGAAGUAAGAAUAGCUGAUGGGAAAAGGCAACAUUAUUUACAACUCACAAAUGAAGGAAUUUUAAUACUUCGACAAACCAUGAAAAGUUUCGACGAUAUUCAAGUUUUUGAAUUUUCAAGCCAAAACAUCCAGAAAGUAAUGGAUAUAAUAAAGAUGGGCAUAUUGGAAAGGUUAGAUUGUAUGGUAUUGUCUAAUUGUGACAAAUGCUUACGUAGUCCAGUUCUAAGUUCUAUUUUUAAAAAUAUGGACAAAAGAGAAGUCAGUCAAUAUUUCCCAACUCCAGUUGUAUACGAAGAGAAGUUGGUUACUCCAUUCUACGUAUCUGAUAUCGAAUUAUUCAAUUCAUUGAAAACCAAAGCAAAUAUAGAUAUUGAUGAAUCAAUUUUUGAAUUCAUAGUACUUAAAGAGAAUGAUGUUAAACGUGAAGCGGCUCAGAGAAGACGUAUGGAUUGGUAUAUGGAAUAUUAUGUGCAUUUAACAGAAAGGGGGAAGUUGCGGUUAGGUCGGGUUUAUCGCGGGGAGAGAAUAUUUGACUUUAAUAAUGAGAAUCUAGAAAUAAUUAUUCAAACAAUAAAGUCAGAUUAUGAUCGAAGAGUAUCAGCAUUGCCUAAAACUGUACUUAUGUCUCUGAAAGCUAUUUCAACAUCAAAGCAAGUUUAG